AUGAUCAUGUUCGUGGACAGCUUCUCGCGGUGGAUGAAGCUGUACGGGAUGAGGCGCAUGUCGGACACCCUCGCCUUGGUCAAGAAGUUCCUCGCCGACGUGAGUGGCACCGGUGUCCCUCGCUCGUUCCGGAUGGACAAUGGGGGGGACUUCGUCAGCCGCGACUUCAUCGCCUUCUGCGACAACGCCGGCAUCCGCGCCACACCAUCGCCACCGGUCACCGCGCCGCCUGCAACGCCUCCGUUUACCACCACCGCGCCACCUGCAACCACCACCACGCCACCUGCAACGCCGCUCGCCACCACGCCACCGUUCACCACCACCGCGCCGCCUGCAACGCCUCCGUUUACCACCACCGCGCCACCUGCAACCUCCACCACGCCACCUGCAACGCCGCUCGCCACCACGCCACCGUUCACCACCACCGCGCCGCCUGCAACGCCGUUCGCCGUCGUGCCACCGUCUCCCGCCGUCGCGCCGCCCGGUGCCGCACCAUCGACCAACAUACCGCCGCUCACUACGAGGACCAUCCGUGAACUGGACGUGGGGCGCGGGGACAUGAGGGUUUCUGGGCGCACGAGGGCAGCCGCUACGGACCAAGGGGGGGGGCGGGCGUCGUCAAUGCCGCCCCUCUCAGCCAGGGCCGAUCGAGAGCUGGACUUGGGACGAGAGACGCGGGUGCCAGGGAGACUGAGGGGUCGGCGGGUGCACUUCCAGGAUGGGGGGGCCGAGCGGUCAACGUCACCUGGCGGGAGCGGCGACGCUCCCGCUCACCGCUUCGGGCUUGUAUCCCUGCAGGACAAGGCAACGCUCCUGUCGACUCUCACCCCCGCAGCGUCGUCGAUAGGGGGAGAAAGGAGAUCCCGAGUUCAGCCCGGAGGACGUGAAGGAGCGGAGCUGGGGGGGCGAGAGCGGGGGGGCACGAAAACAGAAGGAAUACGUGAAGAAGUCCCAUUUGCGUGCGCCACCUUGCUUGCCUCCCGCGAGGACAUUGAUCGCACGAUGAGGGAUUUAAAUCCCCCGCAAGUGGCACCGGACUUGCCACGUUGCUAUGCUAACGACCUGCGCGUGCCCAAAACGUAUUGGGAGGCUGUGUCCUCUGAUGCUGACUUGUGGGUAGACUCUGGAGAGAGGGAGUUCAGAGGUCUUAUGGAGCGAGUACAUGUAGAUUGUGGAGAGACGUAUGCACCGACUGUAGCGGUUUCUAGCGUUCGCUUGUUGGCAGCGAUGGCGUGCGAGCAAAAUCUUUCUCUUCGUCAUUUCCACAUAAAGCAAGCAUUUGUCCAGUCGGAUUUGGACGAGGAUGUUUUCAUGCGUCUGCCAGAGGGGUGUGGUAGAUUGUCAGGUAUGAUAGUGAAGUUGAACAAGAGUCUGUAUGGCCUUCAGCAGGCAUCAAGGCCAUGGCAUUCACACUUGGCGAGGUGUUUUAUUUGUUUGGGUUGUAUUCAGUGCCUGGCGGAUACGUGUGUGUUUCGGUUGAUCGAUGAGGGAAGAGUGGUAGUGACUCUGGUAGUACAUGUGGAUGACAUAUUUUUGAUUGGAGAAGAGGAGAGGUGUGACCAAUUUGGUCGGGACCUCAACACCAUGGUACCGGUGAAGAAUCUUGGUGACUUGAGAUGGUACUCUGGAUGUUGUUAUGAGAGAGAUUGGGAUGCAGGGACUUUGAAGAUCUCGCAGCAGACGUACGCUGAAGAGUUGGGGAUGGAGUUUGGGGUAGAGUACGGGAAGGAAAUUCCUCUUCCUGUAGGGUUGAAGCUUUCAGAGUUUGACCAGGAUGAGGAAGUGGUACCAUGGCCUUUUCGUGAGCUGAUCGGAUCACUGAUGUGGCUGGCAACGCAAACGAGGCCAGAUAUCGCAAAUGCAGUAAGAGCGGUAGCACGGUUGAGCAUAGAGGUGUUCGCAGACGCAGGCUAUGCAAGGAAGGCUGCCGGUAGGAGGCCUGUGUCAGGAGGCUUAGUGAUGUGUGGGGGGGGAUGUAUUUCUUGGUUUUCAAGGACGCAGAAGUGCGUUGCGUUGAGCACGACAGAGGCGGAGUAUGUCUCCCUUGCGGAUGUAAUGAAGGAAGUUUUAUUUCUGAGGCAGGUAUGGCGUUUCAUGUUGCCAGAAGCAGGUAUGCCGUGUAUUUCGGUGUUCGAGGAUAACCAGGGGGCUAUUCAGUUGGCGCAGAACCCGAUUAGCAACAGUAACUCGAAGCACAUCGACGAAAGGCACCACUUUAUGAAGGGGAACUGGUAG